AUGAAUAUGAUUAAAGUUGGUCCAGUUGGAGGAUAUGGUGCAAGCAAACAUUCAACAAUUUGGAGUGAAAAGGGACGAGACCAAGUUGCCGGUUUUCGUAUUACAUACGGCAAACACUCAGUUUAUUCACUUCAGUUCAUGUACUAUGAGAAUGACAGAUUAGUUUUAUCAGACAGACAUGGUGAUUGUGAUGAUGAUGAAAAAAGAAACUUCGUUCCCGUUGUUUUUGAUUAUCCAUCAGAAUAUCUUACUUCGAUAAGUUGUUCAGUUCCUAUGGACCAUGCAUUUGGGCGCCCUUCAACUGAUGGCAAUGAUAUUGACUUCGACUUAUCGAUAGGAAAUCGUCGUUUAUUUGGUGGUUUUCAUGGCAGUGAGAAUUGCUAUGGCGUUGGAAGUAUUGGGGUCUAUUUGAAGACAGAAAGCAAUGAUCAAGAAGGAUCUUCAAGUAAUAAAGCGUCGAAAAGGACGAAGAGCUAUUAA